UUGGUCAAACACAUUUUUUCAGGCACCGACACAUUUGCAGUCCUUUCACUCGGCACAUUACAUCAUCAUCACCUCAACCUUCCUCCUGAUGAGCAUCUAAGGUUGUUCUUUACUACGCUGUGGAUCCAGAGCAUCUCCCAGUCCAAGCAGCACUGUGUACGUGUGGGAACACUGAUGAACAGCAUGGACCUGCUGAUCUGGCUCGAUGUGGCUGUUUUACUGUCACUGUGGCAGGGGACAGAAAGCACCAGGGCCGACAAGGAGUGGACUUAUGCAGGAGCUGCAGGUCAGUCAGAAUGGCCAGGUUUGUUCCCCGAGUGUGGAGGAUCCUCUCAGUCACCCAUCAACGUGGACACGUCCACACUGCAGUAUGACGCAUCACUUCCUGAGUUACGGCCCCUGGGAUACGAGCAGUACGGCCACGAACCCUUCACCCUGACCAACACCGGACAUACGGUGGAGAUGCAGUUGCCGAGCUGGAUGGGUGUGGCUGGUUUGCCCUGGAGCUUUAGUGCUGUUCAGCUCCACCUGCACUGGGGCAAUGGAGUGGAUGUGGCUACAGGAAGUGAGCACAGCAUCGAUAACCAGAGGGCUUCUGCAGAGCUCCAUGUAGUCCACUACAAUUCAGAGUUGUUUUCUAAUGUGUCUGAGGCUAAAACCCAAGAGAACGGCCUGGCUGUUGUUGCAGUGCUUAUAGAGGCAGGCGAGGAGACCAACCAGGCGUACGCUAACAUCCUGAACUACCUGAGCCGCAUCAGGUACGCAGGUCAGAAGGUGCUCAUCCCUGCGUUCGACGUGGGGUCGCUGCUCCCCAGAGACCGGAGCCGGUAUUUCCGUUAUUCUGGCUCUCUCACCACACCUCCAUGCCACCAGAGUGUGCUGUGGACUAUCUUCGUUGAAAAGACAAAGAUCUCUCACUCUCAGUUACUGAAGCUGGAGACAACGCUGUAUAUCAGCAGCCCCGACGCUGCUAACCCCAAACCACUACAGGACAAUUAUCGCACGACACACCGUCUCAACAACAGGACGGUGCUCUCCUCCUUCAUCCCUGUUCCUGCAGACAUCUACACGGCCGGUGAAAUUUCAGCCAUGGUGGUGGGCUGUCUCUGUGGCUGCGUAGGCUUGGCCGUGAUUGUUCACUUCAUAGUAAAGACACUUCGCUCCAUGUCAAGUUGGGACGUCCUGUCCGGUGUCCGAGCGUCUCCUCAGCAAAGGUCACAUUUACAGAACAUUUUCUUUUCACCCAGCUAGUUGUGUAAAAUUAGAUAUUGUUGGAUCGAGUCGACUCAGCAGAACAUUUAUAACAACACUUCAUGUUCAAAUAUACUGAUACUGAUCAGACUGUCCUAAAUGUCCCAAUGCCCCGAAUAUCAUAAAGCAGCAAUAAUAAAUAGCUAAAGAUGCCCAACAUGCUGAGAAGCUAGAGUUUGAAUCCAUUUGCUGGAACUGGAAACCAUCAUAAACAGAACCCUCAUAAACAGAACCAUCAGAAUCAGACCACUGAUGAAGUGUAUGAUGAUGAUGUUCGUUCACAUGCCCCGUUAUAAAAGGGUGUGUAAGAUUUGUUCGAUCUGACAUCAUUAAUGUUAAUGUAAUAAUAAUCAGUAGUUAUUAGGAACAGCGACACAUACACAGUGUCUAAUGUCCACAGUGUCUUCAUCCUGUCCAUAUUACAGAUAGACCAUGAGGACACAGGAUUAGCAGAUAAUGUCUGAUAUAAUUACUAACACUGACUAAUACUCAGUAGUCGUGUGUUAAUUCUGUCUGAUUAAAAACCUCUCCAUCUGUAUCAGUCACUCAUUAUUGGGAGUUCUGUGUGAUUUUUUAAUAAAAGAUAUUUCUAUAUAAUGCCUGUCAUAUCUGCUGUGUAACAAACCCUACAGGUCGGUCAUGUCAAGCUUUAGCACGUUUUCUUUCCUUUCUAGCACUUUAUCGCCGAUCCCUAAUGACACAGAGGUGAAAUCACUCAGAGUUUCUACAGAAGUCCAAAAAGAGUUAUUGCUAUUUUUCUGUGCCGUUAUCUUCAGAUCUUGAGCUUAUUUUCUUGUUUAUUCUGAUAGAGGAGA